AUGUCUACCACUGAGGAAUGGAUUCAGGAAUUCGAAGCUCUCUGCAGUCGAGCUUCUACAUUAUUCUCUUCUGGCACUGAGGAUGAGGCUGUUCGCACUCGUGCAUUGCACCUUGCUGAAAAGGCUGUACAUCAACUCCAUACCCCUAUGACUUUUGCCGACGCGCAGACUUGGGGUCCACUUGAGCUGUUUGGUACCGGGGUUGCUUGUGAGAUGGGCAUAUUUGACCUUCUCUCCAAGCACUCGGGGUCACUCAGCACCGCCGAUAUUGCUAAAGAACUUGAUGCCGAUCCAGGCUUGGUUGCUCGAAUCAUGCGUCUGCUGGAUGCACAUUAUAUGGUUGACCAGAUCUCCUUGGGCCAAUAUGCAGCAAAUGCAAUCACUAGGGACUACGUACAGCCAUACAGGAAAGGCAACGUCAUGACUCAAGUGGGGUUGAUGCCCUCAUAUUUUGCUCUUCCUACCUGGCUUCGUGAAAACAAUUACAAAGUGAUACCUGACGCAAAUCAUUGUGGCUGGCAGGUCGGGGCCAAUACCACCAAAUCAUUUUGGGAGAGCAUGUCAGAUGACCCGCGUCUCAGCAAAUACUUCAACGAUUACAUGACAAUCCCCCGUAUCACCGAGGAGGAGAAUCUUGUUCACGUCUACCCGUUUGAAACUAUCUUCGCCAACUCUACCGCCGAUGAUAUCCUUUUCGUUGAUAUUGCCGGCGGUCUGGGUCAUCAGGCUAUGCGUGUUCGCAACGCCUUCCCACGUUCUCGGGGUCGCAUCAUUUUGCAAGACCUUCUUCAAGUCACUAGCAAGAUCACGGCUGCCUCUCUUCCCGACGUUGAAAUCAUGGACCACGACCUGUCGUACCCACAACCUAUCAAAGGCGCCUACAUCUACUAUCUUCGUAGUGUCCUGCACAAUCAUGCCGACCACAUGGUCGUCCAAUACCUCUCACGAAUUGCCGCGGCUAUGGGUCCAGAAUCGAGAGUAUUGAUUCAUGAGGCCCUAAUGACAGACGUCAACCCAGCUAAAAAUAUCACAAGAUACGACUUGAGUAUGUUGGCGUCAUGUGGAGGUGGGCAGAGGUCUGAAGCAGAACAGAAGGCAUUGUUGGAGAAGGCCGGGUUGGAGGUAUUAGAGACAACGACCUCGCCGAAAAACUGGCCAAUUAUGGAGGCCAGAUUGAAGAGAGAGUAG